AAUUUCGCUCGCCGGAGAUUCUGUUGCGAUUCAGUCGCAAACGAACAACGAACCAUCGAAGUUUAGAAAAUAUCUAACAAUUAAAAGCGAACGCGCGCGCGCUUUUCCUCGAAUCGAAACGCGAAACGCCAAACGCAAAGCGCCAAACUCAACAACGAACGAAAAUAAAUUUGGAAAAUUGCAAUUGUCGUUUGGUUUUUGGGCGCGCGUGCAUUGCCAAAACGAAUCAGAAGUAAAGAAAAUCAAGCUACAACGAAUCAGGAGGAUAUAUAGACGCAAAACGACGCACAUUUCUCGGCUGCAAGCGCGUGGAUCGAAAUAUAUAGCCGCCGUAUAAUUAUAUAUAUAGCCAAACCCAGAAAUAAAAGCGAAAAGGGAGGCAUAACUGUGAGAGGCGUUGCCCAUGGCCGCGGAAUUUCAAAAAAUCAACCCGAAACAAAUGCAGCAUUAAUUGAACUAGCUCAAGGCUCGAGUCCGCUCAACGCUCACCGCUCAACGCUCACCGCCCACCCGCAAGUCCGCACAAAUCUCUAUAAUUAUAUAAUCAAAUUUGGGCUACUCCACCGCGAGCCGACUGGAACUGGGUACACGUGUCGUUGGAUUUUGGGCCUCGCACAGUUACGAUACAUUGCGUUGAUUAUGAGCGCUUUCGCCGAGCGGAACUUGCGUUACAAUCCUUUGCGAAAUCAGCAAACGCUUAUCGUUAAGCGGCUGAGACCGCCGGAGAGCCAGAACUUCAGGAACUGAGCAACCGAACAACGAAUAUAUACGAAAUCUGCUCACGGCUCGCAGCUAACAAGAAAUCAAACGAACCUUUUUUGAAGAAACAAAACAAAAAAGAGCCAACGCAGAGGCAAAACGAAUAUAAAAGCUAUUAAACAAAGCCAAAAACGAACGAAUUUCUAAGCAACUAGAACAACUAGAACAACACUGCGACAACAACAAGCACAGGAGCACAGUCCAAUCGACCGGAAUUAUAAAGACAAGAAAGGAUCAUCGCCACAUUGCUAGGGAACUUUCGAACUUUCGAACUUUCGCACUCUCGCACUUUCGGGGAACAAAGCCCCAAUUUGUACAUAUACUAUAGUAUCUAGAUUUGUUUUUGUUGAUUUUGAGCACAACUCGCAUAUAUCGUUGUUGUCCCACUUGUUGUGUUAGCUUAGCUAGGCUAAGACCCAUAACGAAUACUAGUCAGCCGCCCAACUGUGCGUAUACGCAACGCGAGUGCGUAUACUUAAUAUUUAGGAUUAGAUUGAUAAGCAGCAACCAAAUGAUGAAAAAUCUCAACGGUAGGGCGCACAAUGCGUGCUACCAGCCCUACUACCACCAAUCGCUGCACUUUGCCCAGCAGCAGCAGCAUCUGCAGCAGCAGCAGCAACAGCAACAUCUGCAUCUGCAGCAGCAACAGCAGCAGCAGCAGCCAGCGCCGCAGCAACAGUUGCGUCAUCAGCAACGGCAACUGCCCACGCAGCCAGCCUACCAGCAACCGCAGUCGGUUGCCCACAAUGCUUUUCCACUGCGCAACAGCAGCAGCAACAAUUAUGGCCAUGUUGCUAGCAGCGCCUACGCUGCAAGUGGCGGCAACAAUGCGGCUGCCAUGGCCGCCGUCUGCCAAAUGCACAAUUUUUUCAACCAGCAGCAGCAGCAGCAGCAUCAGGAGUACAACAACAACUGCAUGCCCAUUAAUUACUAUCAGCAGCAGCAGCAGCAGCAGCAACAUUACCCUCCUGAGUCGCAAGCCGCCGCCUCCGGCUGGACCGAAUCCCCUGGCCAGUCGCAACUUGCCACGACAACAGCAGCAACAUGCAACACCACAGCAGCAGCCGCAGCAGCCACUGCAGCUGCAACAUCGAGCACAACUGCAACAUCUGCCGCAGCUGCUGGCAGCGACAACAACAACAGCGACAACUUUGCAAUGGACGCCAGUGAGAUAGCCACUUUCCUCGCCAACGAGCUUUUCCUACAGCAGCUCGGCAGCUUUGAGGCCCAGAGUGUUCUAACGCUGACGACGCCCACGUUGACGCCAACCACCACGCGCAACAUCGAGGACACCAUCGGCCACUUGCUCUCGGACACGCAGGCUGAUCGUGGAGCUGGUUGCGCAGGAUUCGCAGUGCCAAAGGUGUUGCCCAACGCCAUGGGAGCCAUUGAAGCCCUGGGCAUGGGCAUUCCCUCCGGAGUUACCACGAUCCCAAUUCAGACAUCAUACGAUAUGAGCUUGGCGCAGGCAAGCGAGUCCGAGGACUCCAACGCUUCAUACAACGAUAUGCAGAUGAACGAGGAGCAGGACACGACCGAUACUUCAAGUGCCCAUACGGACAGCACCUCGUACCAAACUGGCCACAUCAUGGCGGGCAGUGUGAACGGCGGCGGUGCCAACAACUUCACCAAUGUCCUGGCCGCCGUAAACUCCAGCCGUGGAGUCGCGUCCGCGGGCAGCAGCAACGCGAAUACCUCAAACACGCCGGCUCGUCGUGGCGGCGGCAGACGUCCCAACCGGUCGACCAACAUGACCCCGGAGGAGGAGCAGAAGCGUGCCGUGCGCCGGGAGCGAAACAAGCAGGCGGCGGCCCGGUGCCGCAAGAGGCGCGUGGACCAGACCAACGAGCUCACCGAGGAGGUGGAGCAGCUGGAGAAGCGGGGCGAUGCCAUGCGCAAGGAGAUCGAGGCGCUGACGAACAGCAAGUCAGAGCUGGAAUACCUUCUGAUCGCCCACCGGUCCACCUGCCAAAAGAUCCGCUCCGACAUGCUGAGCGUGAACACCUGCAACGGUCUGAUUGCCCCGACCGGACUCCUGAGUGCCGGAAGCAACGGCAGCGGAGCGAGCAGCCACCACAACCACAACAGCAACGACAGCAGCAACGGCACGAUCACGGGCAUGGACGCCACGCUGAACUCCACCGGGAGGAGCAACUCGCCCUUGGAUCUCAAGCCGUCGGCGAACAUCGAAAGCCUGAUGCUGCACAUCAAGGACGAGCCACUCGAUAGCACCAUCGACUCAGGAUCCAGCCUGGACCAGAACGGUCCGCCGCCCAGCAAGCGCGUCACCUUGCCGCCCAUGUCCACGAUGCCGCACAUGUCCACGCUGAUGACGCCCACCGGUGCCUCGUCGGGAUCUCUGCAGACGCCGAUCACGAGCACGGCGCCCGUCGCCUUCGGCAGCGCCUUCCCGGUGACCACCAACGGCAGCAGCAUCAACUGCAUCACCAUCAACAGCAUCAGCAACAACAACAUGAACUCCCCCACGCUGAAUGCGCUGAACAAGGUGCCCAAGGAGCGGCCCAACACGCUGGCCUUCCAGCGGCCCAUGGCCCAGAUGCACCUGACCCUUCCCAACAACAAGGCGGGUGGCCCCACGCAGAUCCAGGGCGUGCCCAUCCAGACGCCCUCGACCGGCACCUUCAACUUCGACUCCCUGAUGGACGGCGGCACUGGGCUAACACCCGUCUCCGGACCCCUGGUGCCCAACAGCUCCUCCACGAACAAGCAUCCGCUGGAGCUGCCCACGCCCACCGCCGAGCCGUCCAAGCUGGUCAGCUUAUAACCGGACAGGAUCUGGGACGGGGAGGGGGGUCGAGUCAGGAUUAAGUUAAGUUUUAUAUAGUUGAUGUGCUGAAAACGACAAGCAAACGGAAAGCAAGGAAGGAAACCAAGAAGCACUUUUCUAGUGUAGUGUAGGAGAUGUUUUCAUUUUUGUAAUGUAAUGGUAAUCGUAAUCGUGAACGUAACGAAUGUUUUGUUUCGUUGACUCUAAUGUUUUUGUAUUAUUAUCUUUAUUAUGGUUAAUUUAUGAUUUUUCUAUGUCUUUUACAUACGCCGAGCUACAUAUGUUAUGUACUUGUAAUUUGUGCAAUUUUCAAACCUUUUCAUUGCGUGUUAUAUAUUUUCAAAAAAUAUAAGAACGCGAACGACCGACGAUGCAUGAUGAGAAUGAUAAGGAUAAUAGAGCGUGUAGAUUUGGAGGAUGCGUUGUGAUAUUUAUUAUAAAACGAAUACAAAAGAUACCAGGAUGAAACAAAGUAGAAAGCAAAGCAGGAGCGUCUAAUGAAAGGAACUAAGCCGGUUUUAAAAUUGUACAUUUAAACGAAUCGCAUCGCGUAAAUAUACUAAACAAAGUGAAUAUAUUCAGCAUACAAACUAAAUACAAUGCCUUGAGAGAGAAUUAAGAAAUGCAAACCUUUAUAUAUAGAGAUCUAUAGAGAUGUAUGUACAUUUAAAGCUAAACAAUAAUGGCGUUGAAGCAAGUUUUAUAUUGAG